UUCGAUAAAAUCUCCUUAGAUCAGUUGAGUGAUAUUAAGCUCGAUAUCGGCACAUACGUGUCUCCUAUUCUCAUCCUCAUUCAAGAUGCAUAUCUAUCACAUCCUCACGUCCUUAAUACUACCCAAUGUGGCGCUCAGCCUCCCAACAGGCCCUACCACAACAACAUGGGAUGACUCCAGUCCGGCCUGCAGUCUUUACCCGUACCCGUCUCCGCCCACAAACCCACCGUCCUGUUGGGCGUGGGAAACCCAACCCGGAAAUCCAUCCAACUACUGCGGGCCCACAACGCCCUCCAUAGUCGCUUCCGUCAGCGCCGCCUCGUCGUCCUGGCUUGACAAUUGUGCUUCUCUUCGCGCUGCUCAAGUAUCUUCAAAUCGAGACUAUCUCCUCUCAGCCUACGCGACGGACCGUUUCAACACGCUGCUUACGUCGGGCGGUUGCGCGUUCCAAGUACAACCUGCGACGCCGCCAUCAAGCGACCAAGUAUACGUUGGGGGAACCGAUGUCGUCGAUGUGCUCGGAUCUGCUAUUGACGCCGCCAAAACUUUAGGUGGAAAGAACGGCGUGGAGGGCUCAAUGACUUGUGCGCCUGGUGAGGUGAAGUGGAGGGUCGUGCCCAUAUAGAUAACAGGGAUUAUAGGAACGGGAUUGCGAUAUGAAUCAUCUAAUAGAAUUAGCUAACCCUAAAUUUACACUCACAUAUACUUCACUAAUAAUAAAAGAGAGCCCCAGGCACACUCUAUCCUAACAAUUGUGACUGAACCUUCGUCCAGAAGCCCACUCCAGGAGGUAGAAGGAAGUCCGGCGUUAAU